GCGUGAACAAUCAAGGGGAAGGUGCGCAUGCGUACCGCAGACUGUCAUCGGAGUUGUUGGCCGACCGUAGCUCUAAAAACAAGUUAAACAUCUUUAGUGCUCAGGCCAGAGCUUCUCCUGCUAGAAGCUGUGGAAGGAAUAUGGACGACGGCGUGUUGACAACUCUGAAACUAUUGAUAAUUGGAGAAAGUGGAGUCGGAAAGUCCAGCCUCCUCUUGAGGUUCACAGACGAUACUUUUGAUCCAGAGCAGUCCGCUACUAUAGGUGUGGACUUCAAAGUAAAGACACUCUCUAUAGAAGGGAACAGAGCAAAGCUAGCUAUUUGGGAUACAGCUGGACAAGAACGGUUUCGUACUCUGACACCCAGCUACUACCGCGGUGCUCAGGGAGUCAUUCUUGUUUACGAUGUGACGAGGCGUGAUUCUUUUAUGAAGCUGGAAAACUGGCUGAACGAACUGGAAACCUACUCGACGCGCAACGACGUCGUGAAGAUGUUGGUUGGGAACAAAAUCGAUCAAGACGACCGUGAGGUGGACAGAAACGAAGGACUGAAAUUUGCCAGGAAACACUCGAUGCUUUUUAUUGAGGCCAGCGCAAAAACCAAAGACGGUGUCCAGUGUGCCUUUGAAGAGCUUGUGGAGAAAAUCCUCCAGACUCCGGGACUCUGGGAGAGUGAACACCAGGGUCAGGCGUUCCAGCUGAAGGACCAGGAUCCAGGCAGAGGGAGGGCCUGUGGGGGAUACUGUUCUAUACCCUGAAACUGGACUAAAGAAACUUAAAAUAAAACCCUGAUUAAAAGACCUGAGAGAGUGGUAAAGGAUGAGCCUCGUAAAUAUUGAAGAUCUGCUGGAAUGAACGCUGCUGUUUGCACAAUUCAUGUUUUUUUUACCUCACUAAUGUGUUGGAGGGGAAAUUGUGCAGGGAAGGCAUCUCAUUUGUAGAAAUGCAACGUUUUAAAUGAAAUUAACCCUGACAAGGAAGUCACAGGAUGUCUGGUUUGAAUUUAGUUAUUCAUUGCAUCAGGUGCCUGUAGCACAAAGACAUUAAUAGAAAUAAUCCGAGUCCUUUAAUUCCACCUAUCAGGCUAAUUAAAUCCAACAGGUCUGAGUUUGCUCCAUAUUUACUCACAUGGAGACACGCACACAACAUCAAUCUGAGUUUUUAUUAAAACACAGCUUCCUGUUUGGAUUGAAAGCGAUCACUAAAAGCUGUUUAUGCUCGUCCAUUUACUAAUGAAGAGCUCUGAUUUCAUGAACCUGCCCAGAGACCAUGUUGUUUUAUUUACUGACCGUUUCGUUUCAUCAGCUGAUUUGAUGCUCCAGGGUGUCGACUUAUUUUCCAACAUUCUUGCUUCGUCUUUAUUCCAAAUGCGUGAUCCUAUUUGACUUUUUCAUUGAUAGUGUGUGUUAUGUUGACAGCAUCUACUAGUUUGAAAUCACUUAUUCACUUUUUCUGUUUUUUCCUCUUCCGGGUUCUCGCGUUUCUCACACAAACUCGUGUUUUGUUCCUAACAUCUUUCAGAAAUAUUGGAGAUAUUCUGUGAUUUCUUUUCGCUUUUGCUAGAAAUGUUGUUUAACUAGUAAGUUAGCUGCAUUUUUGUGUCGGUCAUAUUCAAGUUGUCAGACUGAAAACCGCCUUUAACGGUGAGAGACGUUAGUCAGAGAUGUGGUCAGUUACUGCUUGAAUUGUUUCAAACUACAAUAAACAACUGCCUGACAAUAUGACCCUCACCCAA